AUCUGGGACGGGGUCCACUUCCUGUUUCCAGCCGCUCGCAGCCAUGAUGCAGGAAGGGCUGGACGACGGGCCCGACUUCCUAUCCGAGGAGGACCGGGGGCCACGGGCAGUAAAUGUGGAUCUGGAGAUGGACGCCACUCUGCAAGUGGACAUCUCUGAUGCUCUGAGUGAGAGAGACAAGGUCAAAUUCACCGUCCACACCAAGAGCACGCUCACCAACUUCAAACAGAACGAGUUCUCCGUGGUGCGACAGCAUGAAGAGUUCAUCUGGCUGCACGACUCGUUCGUGGAAAAUGAAGACUAUGCAGGAUACAUUAUCCCCCCUGCCCCUCCAAGACCGGACUUUGAUGCAUCGAGAGAGAAGCUGCAGAAGCUUGGGGAGGGAGAAGGAUCCAUGACCAAGGAGGAGUUCACCAAGAUGAAGCAGGAGCUUGAGGCAGAGUACCUGGCCAUCUUUAAGAAGACCGUGGCCAUGCAUGAGGUCUUCCUGUGUCGCGUGGCUGCUCAUCCCGUCCUCAGGAAAGACCUCAACUUCCACGUGUUCCUGGAGUACAACCAGGACCUGAGUGUACGAGGAAAGAACAAGAAGGAGAAGCUGGAGGAUUUCUUUAAGAAUGUUGUGAAGUCUGCAGAUGGCGUCCUGGUGGCCGGAGUUAAGGAUGUGGAUGAUUUCUUUGAGCACGAGAAGACGUUUCUGUUAGAGUAUCACAACAGAGUCAAAGACGCUUCGGCCAAAUGUGAUCGAAUGAUCCGCUCACACAAAAAUGCUGCUGAUGACAUGAACAGAAUCGCCUCAUCACUCUACACGUUAGGGACUCAGGACUCCACAGACCUCUGCAAGUUUUUUCUGAAGGUGUCGGAGCUUUUUGAGAAAACUAGGAAAAUUGAAGCCCGGGUGGCAGCAGAUGAGGAUCUAAAGCUGGCCGACCUGCUUAAGUAUUACUUGAGAGAGUCACAGGCUGCAAAGGACCUGCUGUACCGGAGGAGCCGGGCUCUGGUGGACUAUGAGAAUGCUAACAAAGCUCUGGAUAAAGCACGAGCUAAAAACAGAGACGUCCUGCAGGCUGAGACCAGCCAGCAGCUCUGCUGCCACAAGUUUGAGAAGAUCUCAGAGUCUGCCAAGCAAGAGCUCGUAGACUUCAAGACACGAAGAGUCGCAGCAUUCAGGAAGAACCUGGUGGAGCUGGCAGAGCUGGAGCUUAAACAUGCCAAGGGAAACCUCCAGCUUCUGCAGAGCUGUUUGGGUGUCCUGAAAGGAAACACCUAAGUGUCCAGCCCCGCCCACUGUCAUCUGGACACACCCGUCGGGAGGAGGGAGCCAGUCAGGAUGGAAGAGCGACACUAAGAACUCUGGACCAGAGAGAGAGUGGGGGAGCGACAGCAAUGGUUCAAAUGUUGACCGAGAAGUCUGCUUUCUUCAUCACCAACCUACAAAUGUUCUCCCCAUCCUCCUAACUCUCUCUCUCUGUGUAAGGACCCACUCUGGUCCUGCUGGUUCAGAUUUCGGCCUGCUUACGGUACUUCAUACAGGUUCCACAGAACCACCUGGCUCAGUUUGGAGCUUUUCUUUGCUCAUUUCUCCCUCCUCUGUGAGUGACAUUCAUAUCAAAGUCUUCAGCAUGGUCAGAUCUCCCUGUUUGGAUCUGGUCUGGCUCUGCUGGACGUCAUUAACGUGGUUUCAUUACUUUUCUACAAUGUCAGUGAGAAUAAGUGAAACGUGUCCACUAUAUGGAAUAAAGAGCAGUCGAGCGGCAUGUUGGUGCUGCUGGCCUGAGGCAGAAUAAAAAUGAACAUAUGAAUGUUGCUCACAGGAGCCGACUGCAGCAUGUUGCAUCGGCUCCAACCGUUCCACGUGUGUCUGCUGGCCACCGCCCUGUCAACCAACAAUCCUAUCAUGUCCCACCACAUAAUGCUGAGACCUUAUUUCAUUGUUAAAGGAUGAUCCAAAAUUCCUACAGGGUCAAACUGUUAAAAAAAAAAAAAAACGCAAACAGUACAUACUUGGAAGCUGGACCUCCUAAACACCACCCGCUCCCAUGGUCCAUUCCACAAGAUCCCUUUGUUGUCAUAAAAUGAGUUCUAAUUAUAAAAUCCUCUGAAAAGCUGUUACGAAAAGUUUGUCCAGUUGCCCCAAUUAUUAGAUUUUAUGCCCCCUAAGAAAAAAAAAAGGCUGUGAAUACAGUUGAAGAACUCUAAAGUAUAUCAUUGACUAGUUUAACUUGCUAAAAGAAAACUUCAGGACCGGGAAAACAACAAAUCUCGAUAAGAUGGAGGUAUUUCACGAAGAAAGUCGGCCUUCUGCUGCAUCUGUCAUCUCCUGUCAUCUGUCCUCAUCUAUCCUUGUUAUUUUUUUAGUGGUGCUUGUUUUUCUGGGAAUUGUUAGAUGUAUGCUGCUGAUGUGACGGCAGAGGCCAGCGUUUGGUUCCUGUUCUCAUUCAAAUGUAACACAAUAGAAACAGUACAUGUUUGUAUUAACUAAUGAACUCUAAUCAUCACUGUCGCUGCGUUUUCUCUGAUCAGCUUUGUCAUUCCAGUUGGUGGAGCUUCAGUCUUUUUGCCUUAAAGUCAGUCAGUUGCUCCCUUUGAUUAACUGUUAAAGGAAGAAGAAAUCACAUUUUUGUCCCCAUUCUGUUUUUUAAACUGCACUGUAUAUGAAUGUUUUUCACUCGAUGUGACCAAAGCUUCCAAUACUGGUUCAAAACGAAGAUGUGAAGAAAGAGAAAAGAGGAAGAAAAAAAGAAAAGGCUGAUUAUGAAAUUCACAACAUUUUAGUUGUCAAAACUUCAGCAGGUCUGUAAACCACCCUGGUCAUUCUGAGACUCAAUAAAAAUUUAUGGACACUUUUCUUACAAAUUGUGUGUGCGUGUGAGGAGUUUCCUGGCACCGUCGCACAGGGAGAAACACAAUGCAGGUAUACGCCAUAGACAUGUAGCAUACAGCAGUCACAAUUCCACACCAGCUUUUCUGAGUCCCACUGUAUCCACAUAACCUGUCUAUAGUAUAUUUGUAAAUAUAUAUGUAUAUAGUUUAAUAUAGGGGAUAAAUAUGUAAUAUUGUAAAUAUCCCGCUAGUGCAUUGCGUGUACCCAGCCAUAAAUUGAUAAAUAUUUUGUGUUUUUGUCAGAUAAAUCCAAUCUUCAAUAUUUUAUUCAACAGCUCUUUUGACAGUUGGUAACCCCUAAGCCUUCCAACCCCCAGGAAGCAUUUGUUUGCCUGGGGCACCACUGUUAGUAUGUCUAAUUCCUUCAGUUUAGACUUUUUCAACCCCCAAAGUAAAUAAUUUGUAAGAAAACUGCAUUUCUGUACUGAGAUCUCACUGAGGCGUAUCCUCCAGUUUUCUCGCAUUUCAUCACAGAACUAUUAAGUCCAAAGCAAAUGUGUUUAUUGGCAGAAUAAUGUUUAACUGUACUACUAUUCAAAUGUACACGCUUAAAAAAUUGAGAUUUAACCGGCACUACGUUUAUUGUCAUUAUUCUAUCGCAUAAUCGUACUAUUUAGGAUAUAUCACAUGGGUUUCUCCUUGGAAUAGGUUAGUGUACAUGGAGGAAUGAAGGUGUUUGGGAGGGAGAGUCCUUCUCCUACUCUGGUUAUACUGAAAGAGCAUUGAAUGUUGAAGGGAACAAAGUGGUCUGGAGGCUAUGGACUUUAACAACCUAUGCUAUAGAAAUAUGAAAGGAUUUAGAGGUUUUGCUCGAUCUAAAUCUGUUGACAUGUCAUUAUGUGCAAAGAUUCCUUUAUAUCCCACUGACUUCCACAAAAAAAGCUAUUUUAUCUUGAUGUGUGAGUAUACUUUCAUUCCUAAUAGAAACUAAUAAAGA